AUGCUGCGAUCCGAAGAGAACUUCUUUGCCUGGCCACCGAACGCUGCAGUACUGUGCUGGCAGGGGUGCCGCUGCACCAGCGACUUGCUGAACCGCCACUGGUUGGAUGCCAAGCAUUUGAGCUGGCACGAGCCUGAGCUGGUGGCGCAGCAUCUGGAUGAGUCGAUGCCGGCAACACUGCCGCUGCGGAGCCUUCCAGGGUACCAUGCCGAUAUGGAGCAGGCGGACACGCUCCACAACCUGUGGCUGGGCCCUGCCAAGGACACUCUGGGCAGCCUUUUUUUGGAUGUGGUACAGUUUCAUCCUCAGUUUACGGGCCUCAGCUGGGAGGAUGGGCUGCAAGCACUCUGCCUUCGACUUCACGACUGGCUCUCGGAAGCUUCCUUGGAUCGCUCAUGCAUAGAUGAGCUCAGCCUUUCGAAGCUUUCUGUGGAUGCGCUGCGGUUCGACUUCCCGCAAGCCUUUUCCAAGGCCUGGAGCAACCGUGUUGGACUGGCUUUUGUGGCCGCCUUUCUUCGUGACACACAGGUGGACGAACUUAAGGUGCCCGCGACGUGUGCCUGGGCGGUUACGCAAGUGGGCAUCACGAUGGACAGAGCUGGAGUCUGGUUCAGUGAGGCGGAAGCCGCACAAAUGGUGCAGUGUGGCUUGCUUUACGUUCAAAGCCACGUCUGGCUUGCUAGGGAGGCACUGCUGGCUGCCCGAGCUCGCUACAAGGUUCGCCCACGGCUACACUCCUUCUUGUGCGAGGUGGGAGUUUCCGAAAAUUAG